AUGUUCGACAAGAACGGCGACGGGUUCAUCACGAAGCAGGAGCUGAAGGAGUCGCUGAAGAACAUCCGGAUCUCCGUGACCGAGGCGGAGGUGGAGGAGAUGGUGAUGAAGGUGGAUUCCAAUGGCGAUGGGCUGAUUGACUUCGAGGAGUUCAAAAUCCUGUGUAGAAACAUGGCCGCUGGCGGGGAGGGAGAGGCGAGGGCGUCAGAUCUGGAGGCAGAGGAAAUCAAAAUUGACAGCGGCGGCGUCGGAGGAGAUGAAUUGAGAGAUGCGUUCGAGGUGUUUGACAGGGAUCGGGACGGGAUGAUCACGGUGGAGGAGCUGGGGUCGGUGCUGUCGUCGCUGGGAUGA